UCGACACUCUGUGCACAAGCGCGAGGGGACUCCUGUACCUUGCACUGUUCAACACCGGCCGGGCAGUACCGCCUCCGGACUCCACUCUAGUGUCAGAGCGAAGAAACUUUGUGGUGUUGCGCUUCGUCUCUGUUUCCACCCCGCCACUGGGAUUGCUGUGCAAAGAUCGGUUACAGGAAUGUUUCUACCUGCGAUGCCGUGUUGGUAGAGGCGGGGAAGCAGUACUACACAGUACGCACCACAGCAGCGUUCGCUUUGCUGGGUUGAUUUCUAAGAACCCUAACUUGUAAAACAGAACGGAGAUCCUGUGUGCAACCUCUUGUCCGAAUACGACACGUCUGGAGUUUGACAGGCGUUGAAACUAUCUGUCCUGCCAAGCAUUGACUUGGCUCCGCUGCUGAUCGGUGGGUGACAAUCGAAAAUAAAAGAUUUAUUUUGGUCACGGCGAUAGAUGGCUUUCAUGCAGACGACUCUGUCUUCGGGUUCUGUAGUCAGUGUUUUCCGGGAUCAUGAAGCUGCCAGCCUCCUGAGUUUUAUUAAUCGUAAUAACACGGCAAUUUACUAGUAGUAGAACCAACCCGAACAGGAGAAGCAAAUUAUUAUUACAAGCACGACCCGAGAUACGAUUCCGUCAUCUCUCACAGUUUGCACGCUGGCACUUCCCCCCGCGAGGCUCUGACUGGAUGGAUAGGAUGAAGAUAAUCAAGCGUCGCCUGUCAAUGUCUCUGCGCAGCGCCCGUCCCGUUGACGACUCGCUGUCCGAGCUGGCAGAGCAGAUCACGCUGGAUGAGCCCAAUGGUGCCCGCGACAACGAGCCGAUGGUUCGGGUGGCACACCCCCCUGCCUCUCACAGCGCCCCCUCUUUCCUGCGGCAGUACGCUGGCUCGUUGGGGCGCGCAGCCCUGCUUAGGGACCCGGGAUCCGGCCGGCUGGGUGAGCGGCCCUACCUCUCCCUCGAAAGGACAAGCUCGCUCGGUAUCGUCCAUGAGAAUGUGAAGAUGGGCUCCGACGGGGAGAGUGACCAGGCCUCCGGGACAUCCUCAGAUGAGGUGCAGUCCCCGGUACGAGUGCGCAUGAGGAACCACCACCACCGGCGCAUCUCCACCGAGGACAUUAACAAGCGCCUGUCCCUGCCUGCGGAUAUCCGGCUACCAGAGGGCUACCUGGAGAAGUUUGCCAUGAACAGCCCGCCCUUCGACAAGCCCAUGAGCCGGCGGCUGCGGCGCGCGUCCCUGUCGGAGAUUGGCUUCGGGAAGCUAGAAACUUACAUCAAGCUGGACAAACUGGGAGAGGGGACCUACGCCACAGUGUUCAAGGGCAGAAGCAAACUGACAGACAACCUGGUGGCACUGAAGGAGAUCAGACUGGAGCAUGAGGAGGGGGCUCCCUGCACAGCUAUCAGAGAGGUGUCUCUGCUGAAAGACCUGAAGCAUGCCAACAUCGUCACUCUGCACGACAUCAUCCACACGGACAAGUCGCUCACCCUCGUCUUCGAGUACCUGGAGAAGGACCUGAAGCAGUACAUGGAUGACUGCGGGAACAUCAUGAGUGUGCACAAUGCCAAGAUCUUCCUGUUCCAGCUGCUUCGCGGGCUCGCGUACUGUCACCAACGGAAGGUGCUGCACCGGGACCUCAAGCCGCAGAACCUGCUGAUCAACGACAAGGGGGAGCUCAAGCUGGCUGACUUCGGGCUGGCUCGGGCCAAGUCUGUCCCCACCAAGACGUACUCCAAUGAGGUGGUGACGCUGUGGUACCGGCCCCCCGACGUGCUGCUGGGCACUACAGAGUACUCCACCCCCAUCGACAUGUGGGGUGUGGGCUGCAUAUUCUACGAGAUGGUGACGGGGCGCCCUCUCUUCCCCGGCUCCACAGUAGAAGAUGAACUCCAUUUGAUAUUCAGGAUACUGGGGACGCCCACGGAGGAGACGUGGCCAGGGGUCGCCACCAGUGAAGAGUUCAAGACGUACAAAUUCCCCCGCUACCGAGCAGAGCCGCUCGUGAACCACGCCCCCAGGAUAGACAGCGACGGUCUGGAUCUGCUGUCAAAGCUUCUGCAGUUUGAAGCCAAGAGGCGAGUGUCUGCGGAGGAGGCCCUUCGGCACCCGUACUUCAAAAGCUUUGGAGAGGCGGUGCAGACGCUGCCUGACACUGCGUCCAUCUUCUCUGUGAAAGAGAUCCAGCUGCAGAGAGACCCAGGGAAGCGAUCGUUGGGGCACCCUGAAGCAGCGUCUCUUAAACUUGGCUCCGCCUCCUCAGAAUAUUUCCAGAAAGACGGAGCGAAACCACGGACACAUUCUCACGUUCUCUCCUCCCCCUCCACCGGUUGAACUCUCGUCCCACUCCGCCCAGGGAAAGAAUCGACGGCAGAGCAUGUUAUUUUAGCGCGUUGGUGGUGAAGCCAGCGCUGCAUUGGAAGAGGACCGGCUAUCUGGAGGACUACAAAGAAACCAAAUCUGUGCUGCUGAGGACAUUUUUUUGGGGGAGUGCCUUUCCAUCCCCCAUCUCACUCCCCUACCCCGCCCCCAACUCUGCGGGGGAACCAGAGAACCACUGAGCUCCCGAGAAGCACGAGGAGCCUCCUGUAAAUAGAACAAUAGAACAGACCCUCCCUCCCACUGCCACUGAUGAUGGACUGACUUUCCAGAGAACAUUCGCGAUCAGGCAAAAUCCACCAUCUCCUGUGCCAACUCGUAGAUAUAUUUAUGUUUUGUUUUAUUUAAUUUUAUUGCUUCAGGAAAUCAUGUAGGAGGACUGGAAAUUCAAGGGGGGUCGGUGGGGAUUCUGAGCUUCCCAUAUACCUCUGAUUGCUUGUAGGGCUGGCUUCAGGUUUCGGGAGAGAUAGGGGUGUGUGAGAGGGAGGGAGUGGUUUUGCAGCCCCAUCAGGUUUUUUUGGGUACGUACAGAUAUAUUUGGAUUUCACAUCCCCUACAUAUUUAUGUUUAAAUCAUUUGCAGUUUAAUUGACUGAAACAAAUAUUUAUAUUGUAUAUUCAGGUUAGUUUAAAAACUGAAGCAUGCCUGGGCUAUUAACAAAUGAGCCUUUGGAGGGCAGGGAGAAGUGGAGCCUCUGCAUUGUGCAUCCAGCAGAGGGCGACCAUGCAGUAUGUAAAAAUCGAUUGCAAUUUAAAACGAAGUGAUUCAUUUCUAAUUUAAAGCCCCACUUUCCCCUCUCUCCAGCCUGCUUCCCCUGUACCAGGGGUGAUGAAAAGGUCAUUACUGGCAUGUUUUUGUAGAUGUGAUGCUGUGUCCCCGGUAUUGUCUCCCAGUCGCUGUACUGGCAUUAGUGCCGUUUCCCAUAUACUAAGACCCCCCCCCCCCCCCAAAAAAAAACUUGAACCAGUCAUGGUCGCCAUACUGAGGCCACUGUUGUCUUCCAGUCCCUUUUUUUAUACUAUAAGAAAACUUGUAUUGACUCCCAGUCCAGUUUCUGUUUAGGAUCCAGUAUUGUCUCCCAGUUUCUUUACUGGGGCCAGCCACUUUUCUUUUCAUUUUUUUGCAUCUGGGACCAGUCAAGUAACAGACGAGGAAAGCGUGAAGCUGGAGGAGUUGCGUGAAAUAAGAUGAGAACCGGAUUUAUGAAUAGGCAGGCACAAUAGAAUGCCUGUCAAUUAUUUUUAGAAACGUAGUAUUUUUUUUAUUUAUUAUUUUAGGAUGAUUAAACCAUGCUGUGAUCUGACACCCCCUCCCCCUAAACACUAACACAGAAACAAAACAAAAUAAUUGUUUCCUACAUUUUAGCAGGAUUGGAUUUUAUUUUUUAAUUUUUAAUUUCAGGUUUAUAUAUAUAUAUAUGAAAUAUAUUUAAAAACUAGAAUCACUUGAUACUAGACACGGUUAUAAAAGUCAAGACUUAAAUGUGAAAUGUAUGUAUUUCCUGAACUUCAAAACGGGGAAAAAAAACAAGAAAGUAACUGGUGGGCUAAUAUAGGGUAAGAGUCGUGUGCACUGUGUAGUGCUGGGGUCCAGGGAGGUGAAACCGGUGAAGCCUGGCUUUGAGGGGUGCAGGACUGCUUGGAGUCAAACCAGUUGAAUAGGCCUCAGGCACUGGCAGAGCUAAGUGUGUUCAACACAUUGACUGCUAUGACAAGUAAACAGUUGGGAUCAGCUGAAUUCUGCUGCCCUGCCCUUGAGUUCUGGCACACUGUUUCCCCUCCAUCGCUCCGAUCGCUCCGGGUCCUGCCUGUCUGUGUUGGAUAAGAGGGGUGGCCAGGACCCCCUUGGUGAUGUAAAUGUGUAUCUCAACACCCGCCCAUCUCUGUAUCAUUUUGUACAUCACCGCUACCAAUAAACCGGAAAUGAACGAUCAGA